CUGUCUCUUUCUUCCAUUUCUUCUCCUCCUUCCCUCACACUCUACCUUUUGACCAUGUCUAGACCCCUCAGUGACCACGAGAAGAGAAAGCAGAUCAGCGUCCGGGGUUUGGCCGGAGCAGAAAAUGUUUCCGAUCUGAAGAAGAACUUUAACCGUCACCUACACUUCACCCUGGUGAAGGACCGUAAUGUGGCCAAUCCUCGUGACUACUACUUUGCUCUGGCGCACACGGUGCGCGAUCAUCUGGUGGGCCGCUGGAUCCGAACACAACAGCACUACUAUGAACAUGACCCUAAGAGAGUUUACUACCUCUCCUUGGAGUUUUAUAUGGGUCGCACUCUCCAGAAUACCAUGGUAAAUCUGGGCCUUGAAAAUGCCUGUGAUGAAGCUACUUAUCAGCUUGGACUGGACAUGGAAGAGCUUGAGGAGAUUGAGGAAGAUGCAGGCCUGGGAAAUGGUGGCUUGGGUAGACUGGCAGCUUGUUUCCUGGACUCCAUGGCCACCCUUGGUUUGGCUGCUUACGGUUAUGGAAUCAGAUAUGAAUUUGGAAUCUUCAACCAGAAGAUAGUCAAUGGCUGGCAGGUGGAGGAGGCAGACGACUGGCUGAGGUAUGGAAAUCCAUGGGAAAAAGCUCGACCAGAGUACACGAUUCCUGUACAUUUUUUUGGAAAAGUCCAACAUACCCCACAAGGCACAGAGUGGGUGGAUACCCAGGUCGUUCUUGCUCUUCCAUAUGACACGCCAGUUCCAGGAUAUAAAAAUAACACAUGUAACACCAUGAGACUGUGGUCAGCAAAAGCUCCCAAUGAAUUCAACUUGAAGGACUUCAAUGUGGGUGGCUACAUCCAGGCUGUAUUAGAUCGAAACCUUGCAGAGAACAUCUCACGUGUCCUCUAUCCAAAUGAUAAUUUCUUCGAAGGUAAAGAAUUACGUCUAAAACAGGAAUAUUUUGUUGUGGCUGCUACUCUUCAAGAUAUUAUCAGACGCUUCAAAUCCUCUAAGUUUGGGUGCCGGGAUGCAGUCCGCACAUCCUUUGAUGCAUUUCCUGAUAAGGUGGCCAUACAACUCAAUGACACUCACCCAUCUCUGGCUAUCCCUGAACUGAUGAGAAUAUUUGUGGAUAUUGAGAAAAUGGACUGGGAUAAGGCCUGGGACCUGACUGUCCGUACUUGUGCUUAUACCAACCACACAGUGCUACCCGAGGCUUUGGAGCGCUGGCCGGUUCAUCUCCUGCAGAACUUGCUUCCCAGACACCUGGAAAUCAUCUAUGAAAUCAACCAAAGACAUCUCAAUAAAGUCUCUUCCGCGUUUCCCGGAGACGUAGACCGCAUGCGCAGAAUGUCUCUUGUUGAAGAGGGCUCCGUAAAGCGCAUCAACAUGGCUCAUCUGUGCAUUGUGGGCUCACAUGCAGUGAAUGGCGUUGCCCAGAUCCACUCUGAUAUCAUAAGGGACACCGUUUUCCAUGAUUUCUAUGAAAUGGACCCUCAUAAGUUCCAGAACAAGACCAACGGCAUUACUCCCCGGCGCUGGUUAGUGUUGUGCAAUCCCGGCCUGGCCGAAGUCAUUGCAGAGCGCAUCGGAGAGGAUUAUAUCACUGAUCUCGACCAACUAAAGAAGCUGCUGAACUUUGUCAAUGAUGACGCAUUUAUCAGAGAUAUUGCAAAAGUCAAGCAGGAAAACAAGCUAAAGUUUGCACGGUAUUUGGAGAAUGAAUACAAGGUGAAGAUUAAUCCAAAUUCCAUGUUUGAUAUUCACGUGAAGAGAAUCCACGAAUACAAGCGGCAGCUGCUGAACGUCCUGCACGUGAUCACCUUGUACAACCGCAUGAAGAAGGAUCCAAGCAAGCAGUGGGUGCCAAGGACGGUGAUGAUUGGAGGAAAGGCCGCUCCUGGGUAUCAUAUGGCCAAGAUGAUCAUCAGAUUGAUCACUUCUGUGGGAGAUGUCAUCAACAAUGACCCUGCAGUUGGAGACAGGCUCAAACUCAUAUUCCUGGAGAACUAUCGCGUUUCCCUUGCAGAGAAAGUGGUUCCUGCCGCUGACCUUUCUGAGCAGAUCUCGACUGCCGGCACUGAGGCAUCUGGCACAGGAAACAUGAAGUUCAUGCUAAAUGGGGCUCUUACUAUUGGCACCAUGGAUGGAGCCAACGUGGAAAUGGCUGAAGAAGCUGGAGAAGAUAACCUCUUCAUCUUUGGCAUGAGAGUACCUGAUGUGGACCGUCUAGACCGUGAAGGAUACAACGCUCGGUCGUAUUACGAGAGGAUUCCGGAGCUCAGGCAGGUGAUUGAUCAGCUUAAUUCUGGAUAUUUCUCCCCAAAACAACCUGACCUCUUCAAGGACAUUGUCAACAUGCUGAUGAAUCAUGACAGGUUUAAAGUGUUUGCAGAUUAUGAAGAUUAUAUCAGAAGUCAAGAAGCUGUCAGCGCUCUUUACAAGAACACCAGAGAAUGGACUCGCAAGGUGAUUCACAACAUCGCUGGAUCAGGAAAAUUCUCCAGUGACCGGACAAUUGCACAGUAUGCCCGGGAAAUAUGGGGUGUAGAGCCUAGCAGCCUAGUAAUUCCUCCACCCGAUGUUCCACGUGAAUAACUUCCGUCAAUCAUCCUAUCGGACGCCCUACAGUAAAGUAAACAACUUUCUAUCCCGAGUUGUAGAAAGCACUAAGUUAGCUCUCUGGCCAUGUUUACUUAAAAUUCGAACCAUUGUCACCACCAAACAAGAGACUAGUGUUCUGAACCAAUGCCUGCUACCCUGAAUUGGAUGCCGUCCCUCCUGACCCUGUGCUCCAUAGACAGCCAUGCUGUGGCACUUGCGCCCCACCUUCCAGUAUUUAGAUGUAAUAGGUUAUAGCCGAGUUUUCUAUCAACCAAGUAAAUUAAUACAGAAUUCUAAGCUUGGAUACAUGUUUUAUGGGCUUGGUAAAAAAGAAGCCUUAUAGGGGGAGAUUUAUCAAAACCUGUGCAAAGGAAAAGUUGUCCAGUUGCCCAUAGCAACCAAUCAGAUCGCUUCUUUCAUUUUGCAGAGGCCUUGUUAAAAAUGAAAGAAGCGAGCUGAUUGGUUGCUAUGGGCAACUGGGCAACUUUACCUCUGGACGGGUUUUGAUAAAUCUCCCCCCAUAGACCUUACCAUCUAUCACAAGAGCUUUGGCAUCUUCUGCUGCAUUGACACCAAUGUGAUCUUUUAAGGAUUGAUGUCGAAUUUUUUUUUUUUGGAUAGCAGUUUGCGAUGUCUUGUGUCUUAUGUAAUAAAGUUGUAGUAUAAUCCUGCCUUGUGUCUGUAAUGCA